AUGAUUACUAUCCGGAAGUUCUUGGAUCUUGUCUGAGGUGGAAUCCGUUCACUUCCGGAUCACCUAUUCCGUUUUGCCCUCCCCUUCUUGUACGGCCACGCCGCAGGUGAAAGCCGGCGCGUCUUCGGCUACCUGGCAGCUUAGCUUUCCGUGCUUGUGGUUGAGUCCCCGUCCGGGAGAUGUUGCUGAGAGGCUGGCAAGGCUCUGGUGCCUCCGCAGGGUCCUUGGCGGCGGGAUUGUUGCUGUUCCUGCACCUGAAUUGGGCGGUCCGCGCCUCAGAGAUCACCUUCGAAUUGCCUGAUAAUGCCAAGCAGUGCUUCUAUGAGGAGAUCGUGCAGGGCACCAAAUGUACCCUGGAAUUUCAGGUGAUUACUGGAGGACACUAUGAUGUUGAUUGCCGCUUAGAAGAUCCAGAUGGUAUUGUGCUAUAUAAAGAAAUGAAGAAACAGUAUGAUAGUUUUACUUUUACUGCAUCCAGAAACGGAACAUACAAAUUUUGUUUCAGCAAUGAGUUUUCAACUUUCACACACAAGACAGUGUACUUCGACUUCCAAGUUGGAGAUGACCCACCUCUCUUUCCUAGUGAAAAUAGAGUUACCGCACUCACUCAGAUGGAGUCAGCAUGUGUUUCAAUUCAUGAAGCUCUGAAGUCUGUCAUUGAUUACCAGACACAUUUUCGGCUGAGGGAAGCACAAGGCCGUAGCAGAGCAGAAGACUUAAACACACGAGUGGCUUAUUGGUCAACAGGAGAAGCCAUCAUUCUACUUGUAGUUAGCAUUGGGCAGGUAUUUCUUCUCAAAAGUUUCUUCUCUGACAAAAGAACCACUACAACUCGUGUUGGAUCAUAACAAGCUUCAUAUCCAUUGUUUGAAAAAUAUACUAUUAUUUGAAUGAUUUCUAGUUAAAGAACAAGUACAGGGAACAUUUUAAAUAACUUUAGCCUUCUCACUUCAAAGUUGUAAAAUUUGUACUCCCCCAAAGCUGUCACAGAAAAAAAGACAGCCUUUUAUUUGUUACAUAUUGGGGUUUUCUUUCAUAUCUGCUGAGAGAUCUAAUAGUUCCUAUUUUUUUAACAAAUGAGACUUGUUAGUACAUAGUGCUUUAAGAAAAUCCUUUAAGUGGUGAAUUAAAAGAUUGUCCUUAUGAAAAACAGAGUGCAGUCUGACCUUGCAAGUCUGGAAGUGUUGAAAUGAAAACAGAAACACAUAUAAUGGUAGUCUCAAAGCCUUGUACUGCACUGUUUUGAGCGACUAUGGAAAUUCUAGGGUCUUGAAUAAUAUUUUGGGUGUUUGUGUGUGUGUGUGCGUGUGUGUAUAAUUUUACUGCACCAAUUUUAGACAGAGUCCUGGAAAAAAACAAUUUUCUGUGCAUUGAAAAAAUCUGUCAUUUAUUGCAUUUUGCUUUUUAAAUUAAAUAAUGGGGAAAAUGCCUUAUAAUUCUUGAAGCUGAGUCUUAGAGUUUGGCAGCUGCUGCUGCUGCUCUGAAGAACCAAAUCAGUCAGCUUUGACACAAACCAUCUAUAUUUUAAGAAUCUGAAGUUUUCACUUUAACUUGAAACUUGAUAGGACUAAGCAAAAAAAUGCACUGGUUUAAGUAACUUACAGCUAAAAGCUAGACUUGUAGUUUCUUUAAUAUUAGGUCAGAGCUGUUCAACUGGAUGCCCUUUAGUUGUUUGGAACUAUAAUUCCCAUAAAUCAUAACGAUGGUCAGUAAUCAUGGGAGUUACAGUCCCAGAGAUCUGGAGACCACCAAGUUGAAUAAGAUAGGAUUGCAUGGCCAUAAAUGGCUUGAGUGUUUUAGUCUAAAUAAUUGAUUUAUUAAGCAAUGUAUGCAAAUGGGAAUAAUCAGAUAACUUAUGUGAAUUAAUUUGCUGAUUAAACAUUCUAAAGUGAUGGGGACAACUUCUCACUUGUGCUUACAGUAAUGUGUUGCUUUAUCCUAACUGCUACCACUUUUAUGCUAAAAGGCUACUUUUUGGAGUAUCUUACAAGCUUUGGGGGAAUGAGGGAUUUUGCUAUACUGUAUAAUUGGUAGUCAUUCUACCUAUACUGCUUUCUAACAUCCCAAAUGCUUUUAUGGGUAUUUAAGACUGCACACUGUUGUUUCAGGCUGCCCAAAAGAAAUUAACAUUAUCACUGCAAUCAUACACAUUGAAGGUAAGCCUUAUUUGUCUCAGUAAAACUAGCAUCUUCUAAGUGUGCUUCUGAGUGGAUAACAAGGCUUAUCGGAGAGGAUGAAGAAAUGAUUUAUAGUGGUUACAAGCAUAUGAAUACCACUAAGCUUAAGGGCUUACACUCACUAAAAUACAAUUGAUAUUUCAUAGUACUUUUGUGCAGAGUUAAUUGACCCAUUUUUCCUUGUUCCAUUGUAGAUAUUCUGUAAGUACACUUUACAUUGUUUUCUGUAUGAGCUGCUACUUGUGCUGUAAAAAGGAGGAAGAGAGGUGCUCCAUCACUGAGUCUGGCUAAUGUUAAAAAUGCCUAAUAUUUCCCCUUAGUUUGUGGGUGUGGCUUUUUAGAAGAUAGACCAUUGAUUUGUUUAGAGAUGGAGAAUAUUCCAGUGGUACAUUUGUUUGAAAUUCUGCAAUAAUAACUUGCUGUAGAAUGUGCUUGGGCUUUCAUUUGAGCUUGCAGAAAAUAAAUUUAUUGAAUGUACUUGUUGUUUCUUGUAAAGGUCAACUACCUGCCAUUUGUGAAAGAAGGGCAGCUAAAUCAGUUUUUAGGAUGAGCUGCUUUAACUUCCAUUCCUUUUAGUGGUUCAUAUUCAAGAGGCCCAUCAAAAUCCUAUAAAACAAAUAAACAUUGACAGAAGUGGUAUUUGGCCAUAAAUGUGAGGAAAUCUCAUAAGGGCCUAUCUGCUCAGACUAAAGUUAUACACUUUUUUGUAAAUAGGUCAGGUGAGAGUUUCUUUAGUUUGAUUUUUUUCAUUCCAAAGUUUGGCCAUCUAUAUCAAACUGGUUACAUAUAUGAUGGAGAAAAGGCUCAUAGCCAAUAGCCACGUAAAAGCACAUACCUAACAAGAGAGUAAGUUUCUUAACAAUAGAGCUUAGGUGCUAUUUGGCUUUUCUGAUUUUGUAACAGACAGUUGACAGGAUGUAAUUAAAGGAUAAAGAUCCACAUUUGACCACCACCUAAUAUGGAUAUAAAUAUUACUGUUCAAAGUUCUAGGUGGUUACCAGGCAUUAUUUCAGUCCAAACAUACUUACUUUAGGCACAUAGUAUGAACUUUGCAUCUAGUUCCUUAAUUUAUAAUAAGACUACUUGGCCUGUUCAUUUUGUAGGAUAGGGUUUGGGACAGUGACUUAAACUAUCUGGAUUCUGUCUAAAUGAUCUUGUACCUUGCUGCAGUUUAUAUUUUUUCAAUGUUCCUUUCAUAUAUUUCAGAAAUUUUAAAGUUGCCACAUUUGGUUCUAGUGUAUAUUAUUAUUAGCAGUGAUUAAUAGACAAAAGCAAAUUCCAAAGUAAGUUUAAACAUGUCUGUAAACACAAUUUGGUUGUUAAGAACUAUUCAGACAAAGACUCAAGGUACAUGUAUACAAUUAAAAUACAAUUUAACUGUAUCGUGAUUCCAGGUUUUUGAAUUUGAUUUUCUUGAAGUCCAUAUAUAUGUAUAAUGAUAUGAAGUGUCCAGUUCUUGAUAAAAACCUUUCUUAGUGUCAAUAAGACAAAAGCUAGCCCUGUGAAAUUAUAUAUGAAAUAAUAAAAUUAAUAUAAGGUU